GGUAGGUGUAUGUCAAGCCGAAAGUUGAUGCUGCAAGUCACAUGAUAUGUCGUACCAUUUUCAAAAUAUGAUGAAUGUGGUCCACGAUUACAAUUGACGGUUCAGAUCAUGUCAGAUCAUAAACGAGCAUAUUUGUAACGCCGCUUACUUGUCCAAUCCAUGUUCAUUUUUUGAAGAUUAAAAUCAUCUGAAAAACAUGUAUAGUUGAAAAAAUGACCAAAAUAACAAGCACCACUAACUUGCGCACGUUAUCCUUCAACACCAUAAGUUGCAUCAUCUUACGACGUACUUUAGGUCUUGUUUAAUGGUCUUAUGGAUACCCAAAUGGAAAAUACCAAAAUGAAAAAGAAAAUACUCAUAUUUGGAGCCACAGGAUAUGUAGGUAGAUACAUGGUUCAAGUUAGUGUUAGUAUGGGACAUCAAACCUAUGCCUAUACUCGCCCUAUCAACCUAGCUGCUGUUACUAAUCAACUUAAACUCAAGACCAUCCAAGACUUCAAAGCAAUGGGAGUGACCAUUGUAGAGGGAGAAUUAGAUGAUCAUGUGAAGUUGGUAGGCAUUCUUCAACAAGUUGACAUUGUGAUAUCUACAUUGCCUGUUCCUCAAUACCUUGAUCAACUCAAAAUAAUUAGUGCCAUCAAGGAAGCCAAUAUUGAGAGGUUUCUGCCGUCAGAAUUUGGAUGUGAAGCAGAUAGGUCAAAAGCACUUCCACCAUUUCAAGCAAUAAUAGAAAAUAAGAAGACAAUAAGAAGAGCAACUGAAGCUGCAGGAAUUCCAUAUACUUACGUUUCAGCAAAUGUAUUAGCUGGUUAUUUCAUACAUUACAUUCUAUUUCCUGAUCAAAUUUGCAACCAUCAAGUUACCAUCUACGGUAGCGGUCAAAAGAAGGUUGUGUGGAACUACGAAGAAGAUGUAGCAGCCUACACCAUAAGAGCAGCAAUGGAUUCAAGAACACUGAAUAAAACGAUCAUAUGCAGGCCUUUAAGGAAUAUAGCAUCCCAACUAGACUUCGUUUCUUCUUGGGAGGAAAAGACUGGAUUAACUCUUAACAGAAUUCAUAUGCUAGAAGAUGAUCUCAUCAAUCUCACUCAAAGACUUCCAUUAAAGGAGAGUAUUCCAAUGGCAAUACUCCAUUACAUAUUUAUCAAAGAGGAUGAAACGAGUAUUACACUCAAAGAAGAUGACUUAGAAGCAUCUGCUCUCUACUCGGAUUACCAAUACACUUCAGUCAAUGAUUUAAUUGACUCGAACCUUAUCAAUUUCAAAAAUAUCAAGUUGUCAACUUUCAUAUGAUCAAAACUGUUAUUUUCAUACGUUAUUUGUGUUUUUAACAAAAAUUAGUUCACAUGUUUGAGUUUAACAUACAUACAAUCACACCUCGUGAGGGUUAUUUGAACUAUCUUUUUUACUUAUCACUUCUUAGUCUCCCUUGUAAAUUUGAAAUAACAAGGAGUAGGUAUGCUUAAAUUCAUUAUGGUUUAGGGGUCUGCAUCUAGUCUACAAGUUUUCAUUCUCAUUGAAAACGAAUCCUACUUGCUCGCACAACUUGUCAUUUUCCGUCAAGAGAUCAGUAAUUAGGUCCCUAGUAAGCCUAGCCUUAAUUUCAUGCUUGACAGACAAUACAAGACUUGUUUUAUUUGCUCAUUUGUUUGUCCCUUUGAUCAUUAAUGUGGACUGCGCUUUUGGUAAUAACGGUCACAUUCACGUUCAAACAACUAGAUGCACGGAAUGUGCUGUGUGAGUUGUCUAUGGUCAAGAAUGAUGUAUGCCAAGUGCGCUUCACGACUUAAGUGUGCGUAGCAGGCAUAAACAGGGCUAGAGACGCAUACAAAGGCUGUAGGUUAGAAUAUAAAAAGGGGACACUCACGUACGAGCCCAACUCUUGGUUUGAAUCCAAAAGCACGCAAAUAGGGAGAUUCAAGGGAUAUCAGGUGUCGAGUAACUAAUACCCUACAAGGUGGCUAUUAUGAGACUUGGCUUGCAGAUCAAUGGGCACAACUUCGACACAAAUAUAAUACUAAAACAUAACUUAAAAAAAUAGGAUUAUUAUCAUGAACCAACACCAAGGAGAGUUAUUGUGCAGACUACAGAGACACCUUUCUUACUAAGAAUGAAUAAAGGUAAAGCAAAUUAUAUUGUAUGCAAAAGAAUUACUCAAAUAUUCCUAGUAAGUUAAAGAUUAAUGCUUCUUGGUUUUCUAUCAAAAUAGACUAUAGUAAAAUGACUCAUCAAAUCAAUUCUAGCUGUACAUGAUGUUUGCAAUAAACAGUCAAUCCAGCCGCUUAGUUAUUACAAGCGCGAGGUUGCAUAUAUCUAAUACCAAAUUUUGCAUAGAUAGGAGUUACUUAAUAACAUUGGGAUAAUGAGAUAUACGAGAGAAUUGCUCAAGUCAAAAGAAAUACAUAAGAUUUAAUUUAUACUUUUUUCUAGUACAGCAUAAAAGGCAUUACCUUAUGCUUUCUUCAUCCUUGACUUCAAAAAUAAUGGUAGAUCAGAAGCAAAACUAUGCACAAUCCACAGUGAAGCAUCUUGUCAGACUUUUGCAAGUAGUUCAUUCUAUCAACAGAAUAUACAAACCAUUGAAAAAGAGCAGAAAUUUUGCAUGCACUACCGAAAAUCUAGUUCUUCAGCACACCAAAGCUCAGAUUAAGAAGGGCAAGAUAAAGCAUUUUCACUUCCAGCCUCUCUAUUAACUCUAUAACACCCAUAAGACUAUCCAAUAUAGAGAACCAUGUCAAUACAGGUGUUGCUUCAUUGUUAAGUGCAGCCAAGAGAGUUGAACUGGCACAUUUUAGAUCAAAAACUGUGGUCGAAAUGCUGGGCCCCCAAUAAUUCACUCCACCAAUCAAACAAGACUAUAACAACUGACUUAAAUAGUUGGCUUAUCAG